GUCCCGCACGAGAAAAUGGUUGAACAUAGGAGUCUCUCGAGCGUAUAUAAACUUGUGGAUGGCCCAAUAAACUGGUUUGAUGCUAAAGAUAAGUGUGAAGCUAUGGGUUGUAUACUAGCACAACCCAAAUCUGAACAUGAAAACAACGUUAUAAAGGAUGUACUACCAACAACAGUUAUGUCUUAUUAUUGGAUUGGGGUGAUCGAUCUGAACCACGAAGGGCGAUUCACUUACUACACUGACGAUCAAGACAUUGUAUACAAUAAUUGGGAUGUAAACCAGCCAGACAAUAGUGACGGAGACCAACACUGUACUGAAAUUGA